AUGUUGAGGCUUACCGCUUACAGCUAUUAUUUCUCGUCAUUGGGUGACUAUCCACGAGCUACAAAAGCCAUUCGGCCGACACCUGACUUCGGACAUUGUCUCCAAACGGCAGCUCGAAAAGAAGCUCCAGUACCCGCAGUGGACUCUUUACUAGGCACUAUUUAUAAAGAAGAUAUAUCAACAUGA